AUGCACCUCUACAACCUCACCCUGCUCCCGCCCGCGGCCAUCACCGCCGCCGCCGUCGGCUGCUUCGCCGGCACCCGCCAGCAGGACAUCUGCGUCUGCCGCGCCGGCACCACCCUCGAGCUGCUCCGCCCAGACCCCGCCACCGGCAGACUCACCUCCCUCGCCACCGAACACGCCUUCGCCUCCAUCCGCGCACUCGCCCCCUUCAGACUCACCGGCGCCGCCAAGGACCUGCUCAUCCUCGGCUCAGACUCCGGCCGGAUCGUCGUCCUCGAGUUCGACCCUGCCACGAACACCUUCAUCAAGCUCCACCAGGAGACCUUCGGCAAGUCCGGCGCACGCAGGGUCGUCCCCGGCCAGUUCCUCGCCACCGACCCCAAGGGCCGCGCCGUCAUGGUCGCAGCAGUCGAGAAGAGCAAGCUGGCCCACAAGUCCAACGCCAUCAUCCACCACAUCGUCGGCGUCGACGUCGGCUUCGAAAACCCCCUCUUCGCCGCACUCGAGGUCGACUACGGCGAGGCUGACCAGGACCCGACGGGAGAGGCAUUCAAUGCAGCCGAGAAGAUGCUCACCUACUACGAACUCGACCUCGGCCUCAACCACGUCGUCCGCAAGUGGUCCGAGCCCACCGAGCCCCGCGCCAACAUGCUCCUCCAGGUGCCCGGCGGCCAGAGCCCCAGCCAGCCAGACAAGUUCGACGGGCCCUCGGGCGUGAUCGUGUGCUGCGAGGACAUGCUCAUCUACAAGCACCCCAACGUCCCCGAGCACCGCGUCCCCAUCCCCAAGCGCAACUCCGCCCUCGCCGACCCCGCACAGGGCCUCCUCAUCGUCGCCGCCGUCAUGCACAAGAUGCGCGGCGCGUUCUUCUUCCUCAUCCAGUCCGAGCAGGGCGACCUGUUCAAGGUCACCAUCGACCACGAAGACGAGCAGGUCCAGGCACUCAAGAUCAAGUACUUCGACACCGUGCCCGUCGCCUCCAGUCUGACCAUCCUCAAGUCCGGCUUCCUCUUCGUGGCCGCCGAGACCGGGAACCAUGCGUUGUACCAGUUCGAGAAGCUCGGCGACGACGACCAGGAGCCCGAGUUCUCCUCGGCCAGCUACCCGGACAACGGCGCAUCGGGCGUGCUGCCGGGCGCCUUCUUCAAGCCGCGCCCGCUCGAGAACCUGGUGCUGUCGGACGAGCUCGAGUCGCUGGCGCCGAUCACGGGCGCGCGGACGCUGGGGACGAGCGAGACGGCCCAGCUGGUGACGUGCAGCGGGAGUGGGGCGCGGAGCAGCGUGCGCGUGCUGCGGCAGGGGCUCGAGGUGGCGGAGAUCGUGAGCUCGGCGCUGCCGGGCCCGCCGACGAACGUGUGGACGACCCGGGUCUCCGAGCAGGACGCACACGACCGCUACAUCGUCCUUGGCUUCCUCAACGCCACCCUCGUCCUGGCCAUCGGCGAGACGAUCGUCGAGGUCGCCGACUCCGGCCUGCUCACCCAUGCCCCCACCAUCGCCAUCCAGCAGCUCGACGGCACCGGGCUGCUCCAGAUCCACCCCGCCGGCAUCCGCCACAUCCUCGCCGACGGCCAGGUCACCGAGUGGAAGACGCCCCCCGGCCGGACCAUCGUCGCCGCCACCUCCAACCGUCGCCAGGUCGUCGUCGGCCUCUCCGGGGGGGAGCUGAUCUACUUCGAGCUCGACCUCGAGGGCCAGCUGAACGAGUACCAGGAGAUGAAGCAGAUGGGCGCCGCCGUCACCAGUCUCUCGCUCGCCGAGGUGCCCAGGGGCCGCCAACGCACGCCCUUCCUCGCCGUCGGCCUCGACAACGCCACCGUCCAGAUCAUCUCCCUCGACCCCAGCUCCGUCCUCGAGACCAUCUCCCUCCAGGCCCUCACCGCCGUGCCCUCCUCCAUCUGCAUCGCCGAGCUCCGCGACUCGUCCAUCGACAAAAAUAACGACACCCUCUUCGUCAACAUCGGCCUCUCUAACGGCGUCCUCCUCCGCACCGUCCUCGACUCCGUCAACGGCCAGCUCACCGACACCCGCACCCGGUUCCUCGGCUCCCGGCCCGUCAAGCUCCUGCGCGUCAAAGUCGACGGAAAGACCAGCGUCAUUGGGCUCUCCUCGCGCACCUGGCUCAACUACACCUUCCAGAACCUGCUCCACUUCGACCCGCUGCUCUACGACAGUCUGGACAACGUGCACAGCUUCAGUGCCGAGCUGUGUCCCGAGGGCCUCAUCGGCAUCGUCGGCUCCUCGCUCCGGAUAUUCACGAUCCCCAAGCUCGGCGUCAAGGUCAAACAGGACCCCUUGCCCCUCGCUUACACCCCCCGCAGAAUGCUAAUCGACCCGCGCACCAAUCACGUCAUCACCGUCGAGUCCGAGCACCGCACCAUGGCGCCCGGCGUCCAGGCCGACCGGCUCGCCCUCCACAAGGCGCAAGGGCUCGACACGGACACGCUGGACCCGGUCGCGUUCGGCCUGCCCCGGGCGGAGGCGGGGCAAUGGGCGUCGUGCAUCCGGAUCAGCGACCCGGUCGAGAAAACGACGCUGGCGCGGAUCGACCUGGCCGACAACGAGGCAGCGACGGCGCUCGCGAUCGUCGCCUUCGCCUUCGCCGCCCACGUGCCCCCCGACGAGCCCCUGCUGGUCGUCGGCUCCGCGAAGGACGCCUUCGUCCAGCCCCGGACAUGCAAGGCGGGGUUCCUGCGGGUGUAUCGGUUCGUGGACGGGGGCAAGGGCCUGGAGCUGCUGCACAAGACGGAGACGGACGAGAUCCCGAGCGCGUUGCUCGGCUUCCAGGGCCGGCUGGCCGCCGGGAUCGGCAAGGCCCUGCGGCUCUUCGACCUGGGCAAGAAGAAGCUGCUGCGCAAGGCCGAGGCCGCCGGCUUCCCCACCGCCAUCGUCCUCCUCGCCGCCCAGGGCGCACGGAUCCUCGUCGGCGACGCCCAGCACUCCGUCGCCUACGCCGUCUACAAGCCCGUCGAGAACCGGCUCGUCGUCUUCGCUGACGACGUCGUGCCCCGCUGGACGACCUGUGCGACGAUGGUCGACUACGACACCGUGGCCGGCGGCGACCGGUUCGGCAACCUCUGGGUGUCGCGGAUCCCGAAGACGGUCUCGGACGAAGUCGACGAGGACCCCACGGGCGCGACGAUCAUGCACGAGAAAGGCGCGCUCAUGGGCGCCCCCCACAAGCUCAACACCCUCGUCCACUUCCACCUCAACGACAUCCCCACCGCCAUCCUCAAAACUUCCCUCGUCCCCGGCGGCCGCGACGUGCUCGUCUACACCGGGCUCCAGGGCACCGUCGGCGCCCUCGUCCCGCUCGCCGCCAGGGAAGACGUCGACUUCUUCCAGACCCUCGAGAUGCACAUGCGCGCCGAACGGCCGAGCUUGGCCGGCCGCGACCACCUCGCCUACCGCGGCUACUACUUCCCCGUCAAGAACUGCGUCGACGGCGACCUCUGCGAGGCCUUCGCCCUCCUCCCCAGCCACAAGCAGCUCCAGGUCGCCGCCGAGCUCGACCGCAGCGUCUCGGACGUGCUCAAGAAGAUCGAGGCCGUCCGGGUCGCUAGCGCCUUCUGA